AUGGGUCUUGUCAAGGUCGUGAAGAACAAGGCUUAUUUUAAGCGUUAUCAGGUUAAAUUAAAGCGACGAAGACAAGGAAAGACCGACUAUUAUGCAAGGAAGAGGCUCACUGUUCAAGACAAGAACAAGUACAACACACCUAAAUAUCGUCUCAUUGUGCGAUUCACUAACAAAGACGUAAUUGCCCAGAUUGCUUACUCCAAGAUUGAGGGUGACGUAAUUGUUGCCUCUGCCUAUUCGCACGAGCUUCCUGCUUUCGGUAUCAAGGUUGGCCUUACCAACUACGCAGCUGGAUACGCCACUGGCCUUCUGCUCGCUCGUCGUCACUUGAAAAAUCUCCAGCUCGACAAGACCUUCAAGGGACAAGAGGAGGUCAACGGUGAGUUCUACACCGUCGAAGAGGAGGAUGGUCGUGCUCCAUUCAAAGCAGUGCUUGACGUCGGAUUAGCUCGUACCACAACUGGUUGCAAGGUGUUUGCAGUUAUGAAGGGUGUCGCCGAUGGUGGAAUCGACGUCCCUCACAGCGAAAACCGUUUCUUCGGCUACGACUCGGAAUCCAAGAAGUAUGAUGCUGAGGCUCACCGUGACCGUAUUUUCGGAAAGCACGUUGCUGAAUACAUGCGCUCCCUAAAGGAGGAGGAUGAAGAUGCGUACAAAAGGCAAUUCUCGCACUUCAUAGCCGAAGGCGUCACCGCUGAUAACUUGGAGGAGAUGUAUAAGAAGGGUCAUGAAGCCAUCCGUGCCAAUCCUGACCGACGAACUAAGCCUUCCAAAAAGCAAGGGGAAAAGAAGAGAUGGAACGCCAAGAAAAUCACGCUGGAGCAAAGAAGGGAGCGUGUCGAGGAGAAGAAGGCACUUCUGCUUCAACUGAAAGCACAACAAGAAGCGAUGUAA